AUGGAAAGACUAAAAAAAUUGGAUGAAAAACGAUCAGAGAUUCAGUCUUUAUUUAUUUCCAAUAUUCAUAAGCAAUUCAUCAAAGUUAAGAUACAUCCGCUCGAAGAUAUUUAUCAUCCCCUGCUUCAUCUUCGGCGCUAUGAAUUAAGAGUGUUGAUGAUGUGCCGAAAGAAUCCAAAAGAAAGCAAACAAGAAUUAUUAAUGUAUCAUUUUUGCUUAUGCAAUACUCCAUCACCAGCAACUUACAGAAGUAACAGCAGCUGGAAAAGGGUUUUUCGUUUUUCCCUUUUGAGACCGAAUGAAGAUGUUGCUUUUAAUUUCCUAGAUAAAAUUUUGACAGCUUCAGGAAUUGCGAUGUUGAAAGAGGUGAUAAAUGGGUUUGAAGCCUGA